AAUGAGUCAAGAAUCGACCCACGGUCAGUACGUUCCAGAGCCAGAGCACGUGAGCGUGCACACGGUGAACACCGAGGGUUCGAGUUUCACGCCUCCGGGUGACGGAGGGCAACAGCAGAAUCAACCUGCGCCAGCGGGACAGCCACCAGCUGUACCACCGCCAGUCGUACCACCUCCAGUGAUGUCACCGUUGGUGAUGCCGCAGGUGGCCUACGAGCAGAUGUUCCCGGCCAUGAUGGCCCAUUAUAUGCAGCACAUGGCGCAGCUUAUGCCCAUGUUCCAGCCACCGCCACCACCACAGCCGCAGCCGCGCAUCAUUACCUUCAAGACAUUGAAGGAUAACGGAGCGGAAGAGUUCCGAGGAGACAAUAUGGGGGAGCCCCAGAUUGCAUUGGAUUGGCUUGAGCAGAUGGACCGGGUACUCAAGAUUUUGAGAGUCCCAGAUGCUGAUCGCUCGGAGUUGGCGUCACAGAUGUUCCGGAAGGGAGCAUAUGAUUGGUGGAAGCGCAUUGACCAGGAUCCACACACGCCCAAGCCAUGGACCUGGGAUCGCUUUGAUAGAGCCUUCACGAAGGAGUACGUCCCCACCCGGUACCGCGAGGAGAGGCGCGAUGAGUUCGUUGCGCUUAAGCAGGAGGGGAUGUCACUGCCUGAACUGAGACAGAGGUUCGACUACUUGUCCCAGUACGCGACGAGUCUGGUCUCCACUCCGGAGGAUCGUUUGAAUGAGUUCGUCAAGAAGCUACGGCCGGACUUGAGGCCUUACGCCGCACUGAUCACGACGACAGAUUUUAAUGCGGCGUACGAUUUGAUUGUGAAGACGGAAAAGAGCUUGGAUGAUUUGCAGGCAACCAAGAAGGAGGAUCGAGCGACGAAAGACCCGCGACCCGCGGCCAGCACCGGGCCGAGCGGGAAGAGUUUUGGAUUCGGGGGAAAGAGGUACGAGAAGGGUUCUUCGAGUGUGACGGAGCUAAAAUAUAGCGGUAAGUCAAUAAAAUUAUCCGAGACUAACUCGGAUAAUUUUCUGGAACGCCACCGCUAUGAGGGGAAGCUUCUGGAACGGCGAAGAUUCGGGAACGUCGACAGGCGGUCAAGCAGGCGGCCGCCUGCUUGACCGCCGGAGCCAACUCUGACUGCCUGCGCUUGAGUUCACCGCCAGAGCCAACUCUCGUCGUUUGCCAAUGUUCGGCAGGCGGACUG